AUGGCUGGUCCUUUAUUACGAAUUCUUAUUCGUCUUAAACCAAAUAAAUAUCAUCGUAUGCAAAUUGCUGCUCGAUAUCGUAUUAUUGAUUUAUUAAAACAAAUUGCACAUGAUUUACACUUAACAGUUGAUCAAUUAUUACAUAUAUCAAUUUAUCGAAAUGGAUCUAAUGGUUAUUCAUUACUUUAUCCGAUAAAUAAUAAUUAUAAUAAUACACAUUAUGAUGCAUCAAUAACAUUUGAUAAAUAUGGUUUAUCAAGUAAUGAAGAACUUUAUAUUGAUUUAACUGAAUUAAUACUUUGUCAACAAGAAGAUAAUGAUGAUGUAUCAACUAAUGAUGAUCAUACCGCAAGUUCAUUAAAUAAUUCAGAUUGUUUUCAUUCAACCGCAUCAUCAUCACUUAAUCCAGAAGAAUCAUCAUCAUCAUCAUCAUCAUCAUCAUCUUUAAUUCAAGCAAAAACAACAAAUAAUUUAUCAACAAAAAAAUCUCUUAUUGGACAACUUAUAAGAUUUUCUGUGCCAGCUGAUAAUAGUUGUCUUUUUUCAUCGAUUUAUUUUGUUUUACAUUCAGGAAAAUUAGAUUUAGCAUCAAAUAAAUAUUUACGUAAUUUAGUUGCAUCAAAAAUAGAAUCAGAUCAAAUAACUUAUUCCGAAGCUAUGUUAGGUCGAACAAAUUUGGAAUAUUCAAAAUGGAUUCGAAGAGAUGAUUCAUGGGGUGGUGGAAUUGAAUUAGCUAUAUUAACACAAGAAUAUGAAACUGAAAUAUGUGUUAUUAAUACCGAAUGUGGAGGACGUAUUGAUUAUUUUGGUGAAGAUCGACAUUUUCCUUAUCGAGUUUUUCUUUUGUAUGAUAAUUUACAUUAUGAUCCUGUAUAUUUGGUGACAUACGAUGUUGUACAACAAAAGGAAUUAAUUCAAACAAAAUUUCAUCGUAAUGAUGAAGCAAUUCUUGCAUUAGCAAAAGAUCUUGUUGAACAAUUUAAUUCAUCAACAUCAGAUGAUAUUGAACAUUCAACAUCGUAUAAAAAGAAUCCAUCUGGAACUAGUAGUGAAUCACAUUUAAUGCAUGUAAAACUUUGA